AUGACACCCAUGUCUGAAUUGGACCAGUGCGUUAGUGCCAUCUCCCCGAUGAUGGCCCCAUCAGCUCAUAGGGACACGGACGACUGCCGAAGCUGUCUGGAGUGUUCCAGAGAAAAUGGCUGUGUGCGUUGCCCUGAGCGACUCUUCCUGUUCCUGCAGAGGGAUGGAAUGUCUCACCACGGGACGUGUCUCCUCACCUGUCCCCCAGGACACUAUGAACAGAAGGGCAAGGAGAUGAACCGCUGCAUGAGGUGCCGCUCCCAGGACUGUGACCACUGUUUCAGCAGAGACUUCUGCACCAAAUGUAGAUCAGGUUUUCAACUUUACAAAGGGAAGUGUCUGAGCCGCUGCCCACUGGGAACGUUUCCUCACCACACUGACUGCCUGGACCACUGCCUUCUGGCUCCCCUGGGCGAGUGGAGUGAGUGGAGCAUGUGCCAGCGAGACACUGGGGAGAUGUGCGGCUACAGAUGGGGCCGACAGAGCAGGACCAGAGGCACGUCGAACAACCAGACCACCUCCUUCUGCCCCCUACAGACUGAGACACAGAGGUGCAGGAUGAGGAAGCGGUGCAAACCAAAAGGUAAGACUGCCCUUAUUGGGCAUAAUGGUAUGCCCAGCUAA